UUUCCCUCCACCAGACGCUCACAGACAAAUUAUAUUUCAAUUUUAGAAUACUUAUUUACAUUUCUACGUUAAUGAAAUGAAAAUGAGGGUGGCAAUGAUAUUUUCUUUUUUUGUGUUCUUCAUCAACGGUAAUAUAAUUGGUUCCAGUACACAGAAUUCGUUGGAUAUGCACAUAAAGGAGACGGAAAUCGCAGAUAUAAGACUGGACGUUAACGUUAUGAAAAGAAACUAUCAUGAUCUACUGAAAAGAGUAAUGGAUAACGAAAAUACAAUUGACUUGUUAGAAAAAGAUAAGCAGUAUUUGACACAUGAAGUAGAAAAUUUAAAAAGACAAUUAUCAUGCGAAAUAGAAGUAUUACAUAAUAUUACUGGGGAGCAUAAAAAAGAGCUGAAUGAAACAGAUUUUGAUUUAAAUUACUCUUUCAACAAAACGGUUCGUGAAAUGAGCUAUAAUGUUGAUGUGUUAGAAAAUAAGUUUUUGCGUUUAGAACUAGAAAGGUCUGAGGAAUCUAUUAAAAGAUGUACUAAUAAAACAGAAGUGGUCAGUGUUUGUACAUUUGAAACAAAAGUGGAAGAAAAAUGUGUAUUCUACAAUGAUGAAACUGGACUGGACAAACACAACUGGAGACGACAUCAGGGCAGAACAGGUUCACCUAAUACAGGUCCAAGCAAAGCAAUGGCUGGAAAUUACUACAUGUAUAUCGAAUCUGGCAGUAUGGGUCACUUAGAAAAUGCUCGUCUUGUUUCAAACAUUCUCCAACAAGGUGUCAAGAUGUGCUUGUCUUUUUAUUAUCACAUGUACGGUAGUGCCAUAGGGAUAUUGGAGGUGAUAGUUACUUCUUCGGGAGUCAAGCAAACCAUGUUCACAAGGUCAGGUAAUCAGGGCGACCAAUGGUAUUAUAAGAAGCUGUACAUUCAGUCUGCAUGUAAUUUACAGAUUAUCUUUAAUUCUAUUGAUGGACAAAAUUCUUAUGGAGACAUUGCAUUAGACAACAUUAUGUUGUUUGCAGGUGAAUGUGGACCACAAACCAUCCCACCUUAACACAGAUGUUGACAGUAUUGGUGGACAUCAGAAAGAUCUUACUUGGUGCAGAACAUGAACAAUUGUCUUGGAAACAAUAACUUUAAUUUUCCUAUUGUUUUAAAACAAAAUAUAUUUUUCUUUAUAAUAUACUAAUCAUACUUAU